AUGUGCAGCGAUGGCAUCGUAAGCCCCCGCAUUGCCGUGUUAGAAAGCAGGCUACGCGCACGGCUCGAACGCAGCCUACUGUAUUACGCUGCAAGCUCCAAUCCGCGACGACUCACCCCCGCCGAUGUCUCUUCUCACAACGCGACUCAUUGCUGGGACCUUCACACGGAUGAUGGCAGCCGGCGCGCAGAAAUCGGGCUCGAGCUGGGCUUGAGUUGCGCUUGGAGUCGGGGCUUUGAAUCGCGGUGGAUGGUGUGGAGUGCUAGGGGCGCGGGUGGAGCCGCAAUCGCCAACGACUUGAGAUAUACCGAGGCUGCUGAGAAUGCUGAGGAUUAUGCUUAUGGCCCGUACAAUACGCCCAAAGGCACAACGCCGGUCUCAGUGCCAUUCACAGCUCCACAUUCACCUCCGACUUCGAUUCCCCCAGCUUUCGGGCCAGUACCAGGCACUAUCGCAUCUUCAGUGCUCUCACUACACAAGCGCGACUCUUUAUACCACAGGCGACAAGCCGACAAGUCUCUUACUCAAAACCAACAACAAGACAGCUCCUUAGUCUCUUCCUUCGCUUUUAUGAAAUUGGAGCCCGUGUUGACGCAGAUCGGGCCUUCAGUAGCUAGGUUUGCCUGUGUGUACGGCCGUACAUUCACCAGUCAGGAAGCCCUCGAAAAGCAUGAAGUGGAGAAGAGACGACUUGCGUGGCCGGAAGGAGAAAGGAGAGAGAAGAUAUUUAAGACGCCUCGACCGCAGUAUCAAGAGGAUGAGAACUUGCGAGAUAUCUGCGCGGCCCUCGCACGGCAGAAUUAUGGUGGAGAAUAG